UUCACGAGUGAUGACUGACGACCGAAGAUAGGCAGGAUUACUACGUUUAGUUUUUGGCUACACUCUUUGGGUACGAAAUCAAGGGUCCUGCAUCGGUCAGAUUCUGGGCUUCUAAAUAGCUGGAUCAGCGGAAGAUCGGGAAGAAACAAGCUUACCAUGGAUAGCUUUGGUUGGGAGAAUCCAGCGGCCAUCAGAAGCGAGGUUUUCCUGUCGCCAAGUAGAUGCAGCAACCACUAUGGUGAUUUCACAGGCUCCAGCGAAGGCUACACCGCCUUCAACGAUAAGUUUGCACUCGACGAAGCUCUCCUCAGCUCAAGCUUAGAGCUCCAGGGGAUUCUGGACGCAUGCCAAGCAAGUUCGCAUCUUGGUGGACACAGUGAGACAGUGGGAAUCUCAACUCCCGCUUUGGGUUCGAUGAACAACAGUUUGGAUCUGGAUUUGUUGCAGUAUCAGGAAGCGAUAUUAAUGUCGGCUGCUGAUUCUGGUCUCAUGAGAUCAGUACUGGACACCACUUCCGGGGAUGCUUCUUGUUGUCAAGCAUAUGCUUCUUCUUCACUCACUGAUAGAACCGAUGUUUCCCAUCCAGUCACCGAGAACUUUGGAGCAUCUGAAGAAGAACGAGUCAUCAGCAACGUCCUCGAUGCUCAGGAUGGCAUCUCGACCAUCUUUUCUAGCUGCUGGAACGUUGAUGGUUUGAGUUGCAGUGGUAACAUUUCUUCUGGGGAUUCUGAGCGCCAUGGUUAUCUCUAUCACCAUCGAUCGCGCCAUGAAGAUGUGGCCUCACAGGGUUCCUCAAAGUCAGACGCUCGGCAAGUCGAAUCGCUUCAGGGAAGAAGGAGCACAAAGAGAAAAUUCGUGGAGUCCACGAGAGCAGAAAGCAACAAUAUCUGCAGCCUCCUCCUCGAACCAAAUUCUUCGACUAAGGAGGGAGGUCUUCAGAUCAGUUUCACAAGGGCGCAGAAGUCGAAGAAGCUGAGAUCAGAAAGGCACUCAGAGAGUUCGACCAUCGAAUUCGUUCGGGAAGGCAACUACGAGCCGGACGACGAGGCCAUCGCGCAAGUGAAGGAGAUGAUCUACAGGGCUGCGGCUUUAAGGCCGGUGAGUUUGGUGGCGGAGGGGGCAGAAGAGAAGGCGAAGAGGAAGAAUGUGAGGAUAUCGAGUGACCCACAGACGGUUGCUGCAAGGCAUAGGAGGGAAAGGAUCAGUGAGAGGCUAAGGGUGCUGCAAAGGCUGGUCCCAGGGGGCAGCAAAAUGGACACUGCAACCAUGCUCGAUGAGGCUGCCAACUACCUCAAGUUCCUCAAGUCGCAGGUCAAGGCUUUGGAAACCCAAGGUAACAGGUUCCAUCCGGUAAACAGCAGUAGCACCACAGCAUCCUUUCCACUGCCUCUAAACCGGGCUUUUCCCAUGCGGAACUCUCUCCUCCACCCAAAACCCUAACAUGCGUCAAAAAGGUGAGGCACACCACACAUCAUAUUAUUGUCUUCAUCAUUAGCUUGGG